CUCCUGGCGGAGAAGGCGAGUUGGCGCUUGACUUCCGCCCGGCCUUUGCCCAGCCUUCCAAGCCAUGCCUUUGCCCAGCUCGGCGGUGGCCUUCCGCAGGAUCCUGGCCCAUUUCCCCCCGGAGCUCAGCCUGGCCUUCGCCUAUGGCUCCGGGGUCUUCCAGCAGGCGGGGGCCUCCUCCGCGGAGACGGGGAACAACAUGCUGGACUUUGUAUUUGCUGUCGAUGAUUCUCUUACAUGGCACACAACAAACCUGUCCAAGAACCGGAGUCAUUAUUCCUUCCUAAAAUAUUUUGGGCCAAAACCAAUCGCUAACAUCCAGAAUUAUGGAGCAGGGAUUUACUACAAUACACUAGUGCCUUGUAAUGGCAGGGUUAUCAAAUAUGGUGUCAUUCGCACAGAUGCCCUAAUUGAUGAUUUGCUUCACUGGAAGACUCUGUAUGUAGCUGGACGCCUACAAAAACCGGUCAAAAUCCUUACACAGAAUGAGAAUCUGAAGUUGCAGCUUGCCCUCAGUAGCAACUUGAAGAGUGCCAUCACAGCAGCCUUUCUGAUGCUGCCUGAGAGUUUUUCUGAAGAAGAUCUUUAUAUGCAGAUUGCUGGACUCUCGUAUAGUGGUGACUUCAGAAUGAUAAUUGGAGAAGAUAAGUCAAAGGUAAUGAACAUAGUGAAGCCAAACAUGUUACAUUUUCAGAAGCUGUACAGUAACAUAUUGGAAGAUUGUCCACAAGUUGUGUACAAGCAUCAGAUGGGCAGGUUGGAGAUAGAUAAGAGCCCAGAAGGUCAGUUUGCACAGCUAAUGGCUCUCCCAAGGACUCUGCAGCAGCAAAUAACGUCUCUCGUGGACCCUCCAGGGAAGAACAGGGAUGUGGAAGAAAUUUUAUUGCAAGUCGCCCAUGACCCUGACUGUGGAUUAGUAGUACAUCAGGGCAUUUCAGGAAUUGUGCGAUCGUCCAGCCUAAUUCAGACAGCUAAAACUGCCCUAACAGCUGGAGUGAAAAAGUCGGUGACUUACAGCUUGAAGAAACUCUACAAAAUGACAAAAGGAUGGCUAAGAAGGAGGUGAUGACUGUGGGUUUGGACUUCUUCAAAGAAAUCAGCUGAUCUUCUUGUGGAUAAAGGUUAUUCCAAUUCUACAGGAAGUUGCAUCACCUUGCCUUGGAAAAUUUAGAAUCUGCAGAAACUUGUUUGUGCUAUUUAUACACGGACAGGCUUGCAGAGAAGAUAAACAGAGAUCUUCAUUUGCUGCUUCCUCAAAGAAUAUCUGGAAAGGGGUUUCCCCUCAAUGCCUGUUAGAACAGUCUCUUCUCUGCCUUUCCAGAGUCAACUGGUUUUAAAUGUGUGUUGUGUAUGUAAUUAUGGCUUUUAAGUCCUUCAGAAUAUCCUUUAUCACCCAUUCUGAAAUUUUUGAAUUCUCCCUGAUAACUGUUUUUGUAUUAGUUCUUCUGCAAGUGACUAUUAUUUCAUCUUUGUCUUCACCAAAAGCUCUUUAUGGUCUACUCGUACAACUUCAAAAAAAACGGAAUGGCUGGACUAAGUGCUUUUCCUUGUCGUUCUCUGCUAUGCAGAGCGUUGUGUCAAGUAACAUUGCAAAAAGGUCAGCUGUUUUGUUUUUAAGACAUAGCUGACAGCAGCAUAAUUCACAGCCAAAUAUUGGUGAGUGGGUCAUAUUUCAAAACAAGGCCGGGUUAUAGCUGAGCUUCUGGGUCCAAUCAUGUGUGUAUGGGUUGUGUGUAGAUGCAUAAUUAAAAGGUUUUGGGAUAUUGCCACUUCAGAGGGCUUUUAAUGUCAGCCUGUGGUUAAAACCAGGGGUCUGUUUUCUUGUUGUAGGCUGCUUUCAUUCAUCAGCACCCCAAAUUUACUGCCUCCCAAAGGAAAACAUUUGUUUAUUUGUUCAAAGCUGAUGUAGCCAACUCUCCUACGAAAGACAUAUAGCUAUCUGUGUGGCACCUUUUUUGUUAAAAGGAGAUUCAAAUAAUGGCAGUUGCCCCAAUAUAUACAUAGUUUCAAUGAGGAUGUUUUGAUUUGUUUCUCUUGGCUGUUUCUUGUCCAUUGCAUGCUCUCCUCCCACAAUAAAGCUGUUUUCCUCAA